UCAAGGUUCUCCGUGGGUCAACUUACGUGGUGGAGAUAGUGCUGUUUAUAAACUUUCAAUCAUUAUAUUCGCUUUCAAACAUGCUCACAAUGAAGUAAGCAAUAUGAAGCUUGGCUAGAUGGGGUGAAAUUCCUGGUAUGUCUGCUCCUGGAGGACCAAACCAUAAAGGAAGCGUAGGAGGAGUGUACUUUAAGAAAGGGAAUAAAUCUGUGCCGGGGAGCAUCAAGCCAGUAUAUGGAGCGCAGCAUCCACCUAUGCAAAGUAAACCAGCAAGCAUGCCAACCACACCCACAAAGAAAGGAUCGAAGUCAAAUGACUCCUUCCGAGAUUAUGAAAACAAAACCAGUGAUGCCUGGGACGAUGGCGAUGAUGACCUAGUCACAAUGGCCAAUGUGCAGUUAUCUAUGAAAGAUGUGGAAUCCACUGCCCUAACAGUCCUUCACAAUCACAGCCAGUCUCAGCACAGGCUGCCUACCAAUGGUGCUUCUAACAGGGGAGGGGGGACAGCAGGAUCCAGUCCCCCACGCUCUCAGCAGCACCACCAUGCUCACACAGGGCCCGGGAUUGGAGUACGGCUGGCACAGCAUACCAGGAAUGAUGUCCCCAAGACACAUGUCCGUCUUGCCCAAAUGCCUGUGCCAGACAGGGAGGCCAGUAAGCUGGACAAGUUCCAGUCUGUGUUGUCAACUCCUAACAUGAAUUUAGAUGAGCUAGCAAAAUUGAGCUGGUCUGGCAUUCCUAAAGCUGUGAGACCAGUCACUUGGAAAAUUUUAUCUGGUUAUCUCCCAGGCAGUAUAGACAGAAGGGAUCCCACAUUACAGAGGAAGAGAAAAGAAUACUUUGGCUUUAUAGAGCAAUAUUUUGACACACGGCACUCAGAGCCACACGCGAACACAUUUAGGCAGAUCCAUAUAGACAUCCCUCGGAUGAAUCCUUUAAUACCCCUGUUUCAACAGACAGUAGUGCAAGAGAUAUUUGAGCGUGUGUUAUUUAUCUGGGCUAUCAGGCACCCAGCUAGUGGCUAUGUGCAAGGAAUGAAUGAUCUGGUAACCCCCUUCUUUGUGGUAUUUCUAACAGAAUGGAUAGAGAAUGAUAUAGAAACAGAGAAUGCAGAUUUGAAUGAGUUGCCAAAGGAGAAACUGGAGGAGAUUGAGGCAGACAGUUUCUGGUGUAUGUCCAAGCUGUUAGAUGGCAUCCAGGACUGUUACACCUUUGCCCAGCCAGGAAUACAACUCAAAGUGAACAGAUUACAGGAGCUGAUUAAGAGGAUAGAUGCUCCCCUGCAUGCUCACUUAAUGAACAACCAUGUGGAAUACCUGCAGUUUGCAUUUCGCUGGAUGAACAAUCUUCUGAUGAGGGAGAUGCCACUCCGCUGUAUUAUACGACUGUGGGACACAUAUCUGGCUGAGCCAGAAGGAUUUUCUGCCUUCCACUUGUAUGUGUGUGCAGCACUCAUAUGCAGGUUCUCCCAGGAAAUCAAAAGUGAAAAAGAUUUUCAGGGUAUAAUGAUGUUUCUUCAGAAUUUGCCCACCCAUCACUGGCAAAACCAAGACAUUGGACUGCUACUUGCAGAGGCCUAUAAACUCAAAUACAUGUUUGCUGAUGCUCCGCAACAUUUGAGAAAACAAUGACAAAAUGAUAGUGAGGACAAAUGUCCUGUUUGAAAUCUGAGGGAUUUUAUGCCGCAUUUACACACUAUUAAAUGGUUUGCUUGGAUCGGACCAAGUUGACCGGGAAAUGUGAGGAAGGCAGAAUUUUGAAGCUAUUUCGGCAGUGAGGAAUUAUGAGUUACUGCACGAGAUAAAGAAGACAACUUAUUUACCAAGCAAUUUAUACAAGUACACCAUUUGAUAUGACCAUAGUGUUAAAUGCCUUGUGUAAUUGCCCUGUCCUUGACAAGCCUGAAGCAAAUGAGGGUACACUGUGGAAGAUUAACAGCAUGAAACUUUCCAUAUGCAUUUUGUUUGAUUCACAUUUCAACACAACAGUUGUUGUAAAACUUGCAACUCAUUAUAAUCCUAUUUUAUGGGUUGAUUGGUUGAUAAACUGAACAUCCAAGAAAAAAAUUUCACUCAAGUUUUGAUUUGAUGAUGUUGUGAAAUGUGGAGGUAUAAGUUGAAGUAUUAACUAAAUUUGGAGAGAAAAGGUGAAUACGAUCAUGCAUUAUUUAAAAAUAAUAUUUGUUACUGAGGGGACUGGCAAUUAUUACUGAUAAAACAGAAGCUAUCCUUACGGUGCAGCCCAUUUUCUUGAUGAGAAAUAAAAUUACCCUGACUUAAAAAGUCUGGUGUAUUUUAAAGCAAAGGAAUUUGAACCAAGAUGCAAAAACUGGUGGAGACCUGCAGCAGAAGUUUGUGAAAGUUGCAAAAUUAAAAAAAAAUAAUAAUAAUAAUUGACUUGAGAUAAAUGUCAUGUUCAUCCAAAAUAUUGAUUGUUAAAUUGAUUGAAAUCGCUAUAAAAACCCAUUACAUAUACUCAAAGGCCAUGAUAUAUUGAUCUAGAAUUGGUUCUUAAUUCAAUUUAAGAACCUGUGUUAUGCAAAAUUUGCAUCAGUAAAAUAUUUGUUUGCUUUUGACUUAAACUAGCUAAGAAAUGGAGGAGGGGUGAGAAGAGAGAGAGAGAAUAAUUAUUUUGUCAUUUUUGAAACUAAAGCUUGGCACAGGUUGAGGGGACUUCUCGUAUUUGAGGAUGUGAAACACUUGGUGCAAUGAUGAAUUGGAAUUGUUAGUAGUUAGUGCCUUUGACAUGUUCAUGAUGUUUUGUAAUGAAAUCAUUUGUUAGAACUGCUAAUGAAUAGAAACAGAACAGUUUAUUUUUUCUUUCUGUACAAUAAAGGAGGCAGUGAGUGGGAGUAAGCCUCCUUUUUCUUCUAAAACAACUUUGUACUUAUAUUUCAGAGGCAUGUCGGGGUCUUUCAAAUAAAUGACAGGCCAUCGCUGCUCAAAAUUUUGUUUUCAAGGAUGCAAUCAGAUCCAUACUAUCCUAAACUUGGUUUGUAUGUAUACUGUAACUUGAUAGUGUAGUAGGCAGUUAGUAACAGAACAUUGUUGAUCAGGAGGAGCUCAGAAAAUUAAGUUCCAUUUCUGUGUUAUUUUCCACCCAAAUGCCAUGAACAGUCCUAUGGAAAUUAAAAUUAGAUUGAUCAACAUGCAGUAUUCCCUUAAAAGUAAUUUCUAAGUGUCUUGAGGUGCAAUUUUAAACUAAAUGAAAUUUCAUGCAAUGAUGGAUGUCUGCAAGAACCAAUUGCUGCAAUUUUGUAAGAUCUGGGUUAGAUAUUUUACUUUGGAGAUUAUCUGACGUCCUGUUAGUCUGAUGGUGUAAACUUCAGUUAAAAAUGAUACAAGACCAGUGAAAGCAAGAGUAGAUAACUUCAAAAAUGAAUUUGCUGCUUAGUUUAAUUUGCUGCUUGUAUUAGUAAUGAUUCUAUGAACUUCUUGGGUAUGCAUUUCUUCCAUCAGAGGGUCAUGUUAUGAUUGAUAUAUCUUCUUUGUACAAGUUGAAUGAACAAAAUAAAAAGAAAAUGAUCUGUU